AUGGCGGCGGACGGUGACGAAGUGAUUAGUGAUCAAGAAAAAGUUAGAAUCGUUUCAGAUUUCAUAUUACAUUCGCCCCCCGGAGAAUUUAAUGAAGUGUUCAACGAUGUAAGGGUCCUAUUAAAUAAUGAUACCCUUCUGAAAGAAGGCGCAAGCGGAGCGUUCGCGCAAUACAAUAAGGAUCAACUAACGCCCGUGCGCCUUGAAGGUUCGGAACUCCACACGCUCAUCACUGACCACAAUGAGCUCGGCGGUGGAAGAUUCUUCGACCCCCGUUCUAAACGUUCCUUCAAGUUUGACCACUUACGUAAAGAAGCCUCGGAGUAUGAACCCUACGAGCCAGACCGAGUGGCGGAACCCUGGCGGGCGGCCCUUGACGAGGAGCUGACGGCGUACGUGGCCGCGCAUUUCAAACACGGCGCGAGCUUAGUGGUAGGACGUACAUUGGACGCAGGUGCUAUACAACUGGUGGCCUGCAUUGAAGAUCACCAGUUCCAGCCGAAGAACUACUGGAACGGACGAUGGCGUUCUGUGUGGUCAUUGACGGUGGGUGCAGGUGCGGCAGAAUUACGUGGUAUGCUUCGUGUUCAAGUGCAUUAUUACGAGGAUGGGAACGUUCAGUUGGUGAGCUCCAAGGAGGUGCGUGCGCCAGUGACGGUGACCGGUGAGGCGGCCACGGCUAAAGAGUUCGUGCGGCUUGUCUGUGACGCGGAGAACGCGUAUCAGACUGCCAUCUCAGAUAACUACAAGACCAUGAGUGAUACCACGUUCAAGGCGUUGCGGCGACAGCUGCCGGUGAUGCGCACCAAGGUGGACUGGGCGCGGCUCGUCUCUUACACGAUCGGUAAGGAGCUCAAGAGCCAAUGA